CCCCUCUCUCUUCUUUCUCCCGCACGCACGCACGCUGUUUGGUGAGGGGCCAACUUUGGUGGUGACCAUGGAGAGGACGCCGUCGUCGUGGUGCAUCCUCCUGUGUCUGGCCGCCGCUUCGGCCGUGGCGGUGGCGGCGGCGGCCCCGCUGCCGCAGUACUACAACGCCAUAUUCAGCUUCGGCGACUCCUUCUCCGACACGGGCAACUUCGUCAUCAUCAACUCCGGCAAGCUGCCCAACAUGCCCAAGUUCCCGCCGCCCUACGCCCGCUGCUCCAACGGCCGCCUCGUCAUCGACUUCCUGGCCGAGGCGUUGGGAGUGCCGCUGCUGCCUCCGUCGGCGAACAAGGGCACCAACUUCAGCCAGGGCGCCAACUUCGCGGUGAUGGGCGCCACCGCUCUGGAGCUCAAGUACUUCCGGGACAACAACGUGUGGAGCAUCCCGCCGUUCAACACCUCCAUGAAGUGCCAGCUCGAGUGGUUCCAGGAGGUCAAGGAGACCGUCUGCUCCUCCCCGCAAGAGUGCAAGGAGUUUUUCGGCAAGGCUCUUUUCGUGUUCGGCGAGUUCGGCGGCAACGACUACAGCUUCGCGUGGAAGGCGGAGUGGAGCCUGGACAAGGUGAAGACGGAGAUGGUGCCCAAGGUGGUGGAGUCGAUGAUCGGCGGCAUCGAGGCGGUCCUGGACGAGGGCGCGCGGCACGUGGUGGUGCCGGGCAACCUCCCCGCCGGGUGCAUCCCCAUCACGCUCACCAUGUACGCGUCCGAGGACCGCAGCGACUACGACCCGCGCACCGGCUGCCUCAAGAAGUUCAACAGCGUGGCCCUCUACCACAACGCCAUGCUCCGCAUCGCGCUCGACCAGCUCCAGCGCCGCCGCCCGGACGCCCGCAUCAUCUACGCCGACUACUACACCCCCUACAUCCAGUUCGCCCGCACGCCUCACCUCUACGGGUACAAGAGGGGCGCCCUGAGGGCGUGCUGCGGCGGCGGCGGCCCGUACAACUACAACAUGAGCUCGUCGUGCGGGCUGCCCGGCGCCACGGUGUGCGACGACCCCGACGCGCACGUCAGCUGGGACGGCAUCCACCUCACCGAGGCGCCCUACCGCUUCAUCGCCAACACCUGGCUCAAGGGACCCUACGCGUACCCGCCUCUCGCCAGCGUCGUCCGCGACGACAUGGUCUAUUAACUUAACUACUGUUAUUAACACACACACAUGAUGAUCCUCCAUGACUAAACUACACCAUACGUCCGUCCGCUUUCUCUCUCUACGUGUGAACCACGCCUUCAUACAAUUCCGUGUGCGUGUGUGCCUGCGUGUUUUGGUAUGUAAUAUGCUUAGUAAGUUACAUAGGCCGUGUCACGGGAAGGUGACCUCCAAUCUUUUUGACGCCGUGUGUGCCUGUCUUGAUCUGAGUUGGGGACAUUGUAAUCCUUGGUUGUACAUUUGCAAGUAAAUCGAUUAGGUUUUUUGCUGU